AUUUAUAGAACUCAAUCAAUCAGAUUUGCAAAACAACCAAAGCCCAUUAGAUAAAAUGGACCGAAUCCUCUUAGUCUCCCUUCUUUUUCUGCUGAUAGCAGCUAAUGGAGCUGCAGAAUAUAGCAUAUACAAGGACAUUGCAAUGCUUGAAAAGUUUGAAGAAUUAACUGUUGACAGAGAUGAGUUGGAAGAAGAAUUUUUUGAUAUUCCAGGAUGGACUAGUCAACAUGGUGGUAAAGUUCUUGUUAAUGUUGAUGCCUUUGGUGCAGUUGGAGAUGGAAUUUCUGAUGAUACCCAGGCUUUCUCAGAUGCAUGGAAUAAAUCAUGUUCUACACCAAAAUCUGUUUUCUUGGUACCUCAAGGAAGGAUUUAUCUAAUUAAUGCAAGUAGGUUUACAGGACCUUGUGCUGAUAAAUUAAUCAUCCAGAUUGAUGGGAAAAUAAUAGCACCAGAUGAGCCAAAGAACUGGGACCCUAAGAACCCAAGAAUAUGGCUUGAUUUCUCCAAACUGACCAGAGUAAUUUUCCAGGGUAGUGGGAUUAUUGAUGGUAGUGGCAGUAAAUGGUGGGAUGCAUCUUGUAAAAGGAACAAGUCAAAUCCUUGCAAAGGUGCACCAACAGCAUUGACAAUUGAUUCAAGCUCUCAAGUGAGAGUGAGGGGUCUUACCAUCCAGAACAGUCAACAGAUGAAUUUUGUGAUCUCCCGUUCCGAUUCAGUCCGGAUUUUGGACAUGCUAAUCUCUUCUCCGGGGAACAGUCCUAACACCGAUGGAAUCCAUAUCACUCAAUCCACUAAUGUUGUGGUCCAAAAUAGCAAAAUCGGAACAGGUGAUGAUUGCAUCUCCAUUGUUAAUGGUACUUCAAACAUCAAGAUGAAGAACAUUUAUUGUGGACCAGGCCAUGGAAUCAGCAUUGGAAGUCUAGGGAAGGACAACUCCACAGACACAGUAACGAGGGUGAUUUUGGACACAGCAUUCCUCAAAGAAACUACUAAUGGUGUCCGGAUUAAGACUUGGCAGGGUGGAUCUGGUUAUGUUCGUUCAGUGCGAUUUGAAAAUGUGCAGAUGGAGGAUGUGGCAAAUCCCAUUAUCAUUGACCAGUUCUAUUGUGACUCACCAAAGACCUGCCAGAAUCAGACUUCUGCUGUGCAGAUUAGCCAGAUCAUGUAUCGGAACAUCAGUGGAACUACAAGUAGUAUGAAGGCCAUGAAAUUUGCCUGCAGUGAUACAGUUCCAUGCAGCAGCAUAGUUCUAAGUGACAUUGACCUAGAGAAUAAGGAUGGCACUGUAGAGACCUACUGCAACUCAGCCAAGGGAUUCGACUACGGGGUUGUUCGCCCAUCUGCCGACUGCCUACAAUCCUCCGACAAGGACUGUUGUGACCGGAUACAUGAUGCAAGCCUCAAAAAACCCAGUACACAAGGUCCUCUCCAUAUUGAACUUUAACCCAGGUGCUAAAAGUGACUAAAGUAUACCCGCAAUGGGUUUCUGAAACAGAAGAAUUAUUCAUAGUGGUCACCACAACUACCCAAGGUGAGAUCUAAGAACCACUACAAUUAGUUAUCACAGACGUUCAGGUAUUAGGUUAUGCUAAUCUAGAUAUAAAGAGUAUAUCAAGAGACUACCAGCUGUAAGUGCUAUCGAUUACUAUUUGUUCUACAGAUGAAUGGAGUAUUAUAAUAAUUUUGU